CCCAGCCUAGCCUCUGCUGCGUCCCGCAACGGGGAGAGGGGACCCCACUGCCCGCCCCAGGCCUGGGCUGGGGGGUGAAGAGCCCCAGGCGCUGCCGCAGGAGCAGAGAUUGACUCCUGCCUGAGAACAGAUACGGGCUGGGCUUCGAUCUUUAGACCUUUCAGUAAUAAAAAUAUGUCCAUAAAUGCCAGAUGAGGAACAAGAUUAUUUUUUUAUUGGUUUGCUAAGGGAAGUUUCGUUCUGGGAGUGAGGUGAAAAAAGAGUUGAAAAACAAAAGAGUCAGUAAGGUUUUGAAGAAAAGCAAAAGAGGCUCCUCAAACCUGUUCCCUUCAUCUGAUGAGGGAUAUCUGGAAAAGAGCCUGGUGGAUAAUCAGCUGAACAUGAGCUCCCUGGAAAAUAAGCCUGCUGCCACCAUGGAAACUUACCUUUCGGUAGGACUGUGCGUGCGUCUUCAAGGGCUGAAUGACUGUCCUGUUCCUGUUACUUCUCCGCGUUUAUUUUCUGAGUGGGUCAGAGCAUCAAGAGAGACACUUCUGUUCAGUGGAAAUCAAACCAAACCCUUCAAUUCAAUCCACGAGGAGAAGCGGCUCUAAAUAACUAAUUACGCAGGCUCAUAAACGGAAAUAUUUGCUUGCAGUGGGAGAGAAGAGAUGAGGAUUUAAGAGAAGCUGUAAGAACCGAUGAGAUCAUGAAAACGCUGGGAAACAUCUGCCUGGGAUCCAUCAGAUAGUUACAAUGAAAAUGAAAUUAUCGUCUCUCCACCAUGGCUCCACAGCAAGAGUCUCUCUGCCUGGUUUCAUCGUUUUCUUCAUUAAUUUACCGAUUCACAACUUGGAGUCAGCCCAGUUCACAGUCAUCGGACCGGGUCAACCAGUCAUUGCUAUUGUGGGUGAGGACAUUGUGUUACCCUGUCACUUGUCUCCCCCGAUGAGUGCUGAGACCAUGGAGGUGAGAUGGUUCUGGUCCGAUUACUCUUUCCUUGUGCAUCGCUAUCGUGAUGGAAAGGAUCAGACUGAAUCUCAGAUGCCAGAAUAUAAAGGAAGGACAGAGUUUCUGAAAGACGGCAUCAGAAAUGGAAGCAUUGCUUUGAGAUUACAUAAUAUCCGACCCACAGAUGAGGGACGAUACGUGUGCUAUUUUGAAUCAACUUCCUUUUAUAAAGAUGCCCAUAUGGAACUGAAGGUGGCAGCUCUAGGUGCUGCUCCUCUCCUCUCUGUUGAGGGUUAUCAGGAUGGAGGGAUCCGAGUGGUGUGCCGAUCGGCCGGGUGGUACCCAGAGCCUGAGGUUUUCUGGAGAGAUCUCACUGGAGGAGAUGUACCGUUGCUGUCUGAAAGAAAAUUCCAAGAGGUUAAUGGCCUGUUUGAAAUAGAAGCUUCUAUAAUCAUAACAGAAGCCUCAAACCAGAACAUCUCCUGUUCCAUUAGGAGCAUUCUCCUCAAACAAGAAAAGGAAUCAAGAAUUUAUGUAGCAGAACUUUUUUUCCCGAAGAAAUCUCCCUGGAUCGCCAUUUUGUGCACGAUCCUGGUUAUUCAGGGUUUUUUUAUUGGCCUCUUAAUUUAUCACUUGAAAACAAAAGAGAAGAAGGCUGCAGAACGUAGGUGGAGAGACUGCCUUACAGAAGCAGAGAGGGUGACCCUGGAUCCAGACGCAGCAAAUCCCUACCUCAGGUUGUCGGAGGAUCGGAAAAGAGUCAGACUGGAAGGCACAGAUGAGAAGCUGCUCGCCAACCAUGAGGGAUUUCAUUAUUCUCCCUGUGUGCUGGCCUCUGAGGGAUUCACCUCUGGGAGACAUUAUUGGGGUGUGGAUGUUGGGAGCAAAGGAGGCUGGGCUGUGGGGGUGGCCAGAGAGUCUGUGAGGAGGAAGGAAGGAGUAGUGAGCCUUAAACCUGAGGAGGGGAUCUGGGCUGUAGAGCGACAGUGGUGGGGUCGGUUCUGGGCUCUCAGUAGCCCUAUGACAGGCCUCUCCCUAAGUAGGAAACCUGAGAAGAUUCGGGUUUCUUUGGACUACGACGAGGGGCUAGUGGAAUUUUUUGAUGCUGAUAAUGUGAAACCGUUCUAUGCUUUCCACUCGGCCUCUUUCGCUGGUGAGAAAAUCUUCCCUUUCUUCCGAGUUGGGGGUGCAGGAGCCCAGCUCAGACUGUGUCCAUGAGAAAGGGUACGUUAUUCCACUCGGACUCACUCAAACAUGUUCUCAUCAACUUAGGCGAUCUUUCAUUCAGUUUAUAAAGAUCACUCAGAGCUCCUCUUGAACUUCAUACUAAUUCCCUGUAAAUGAAGAAAUUUUGAAAUACACCUCUACCCCUGUUAGGGGGCUUAUUCCUUCACCACCUCACUUCCUUGGUCCUUCUCGCAUGAACAGAGAGCAACAAUACCCGAAAUCCAAAGGCA